CCAAUGUUCGCCACCCAUACAUCCUUUUGUGAGCAACACUGUGAGGAAAAGACGCCGUCGACACAAAAUCAACCCAAAAUUAGAGUCAGAUUUCGCUACUUUCAAGAUGUCGUAUAAAGGGAGUCGGAUGACCGGGACCAGCCGGGUGUUCCCGUGUCCAGAUCCCAACGCCCCAAUUCCCAUCCCUACCAAGAUCUUCUCCAGUAGUACCAUCGUGGAGAAGAUGAUGCUUAAUUGCAGUGGCCACUCAACUCUACAGGACAUUGUGAACCUUGACCUGUCCAACAGGCGCAUUUCGACCCUUGACCCUGCUGUGUUCUCUCGUAUGAGCAGCCUGGUAGACCUGAACUUGACCAACAACCGUCUGACCGGUUUCCCUCUCUCACUCGGAUUACGCCAUCUCAAGAAACUCAACUGCAACACCAACCUCCUCAAGUCUGUGCAGACUCUGGAGCAGUUCCCUAAUGUAGAGGAGCUUCACAUUGAGAACAAUGAACUCACGGUUGCUGACCAAUACAUUGCUGUCUACAUGCUUCCCAAGUUGAAGGUGUUGAACGGGAAAGAGGUAGAUCUCAGAGAAACAAUCCUGAAUAUGGAAGAAACCCUCCAAGAACAGGUACAUAUCUUGUGGGCAGAGAGCUGUGCUCCUCUUUUGAAAGAUCCUAUGAGCAAGGCAGAGAUUCAGAUGCUUGAGCAGCAAUUCAUUGAACUUCUCAAGACUCAAGUACAGUUUGGACCAGACGCCCUUACAGACUUCACACAUCACAUGCUUACCGUAUUAGCCGAGAAGUGUGUACGGCAGAUGACUGCUCAUCUACGUAAGAUCGCCGAGCCGGGCACACCCAUAUCCAAGGUACAGAUCGUGGUCAGGAACGAGGCUGGAGCCUCGGCACACAGAGCACACAUGAGCAACGGCAAUGCAGCCGCACUUGCUAAAUCAGUUGAGAAGAGACAACUGCAAGCUCAAGCUAGCGGUGUACAGGAACCCGCCCAGAAGAAGGCCAAAGCAGUACAGGCCGGUGUCUCCCCCAAGGGCAAGGUCCCCAAGACGUCGGCCAAGCGGAAGAUGAUAGAAGCUCAGAAGAUGCAAGACACUGGGGUGGUUGAAGGUAUGGAAGAGGAACCCAAGCCGGAGAUCAAAGCAGAAGAGGUGGUGGAUGAGGUGGAUGAAGAAAUGGAGAGCCAAGGUUCUAACCAGGAAUGUGGUAUUGCGUAUGAGCCUGUCCAUCUCUUGAGAUGUCAUUCUGUAGACAAUGACCCGACGGACUGUAAGACCAACGUAUGGAAAUGUGCAUUCGAACCAAACCCUGAAAUAGAAGGUGCAAGUAAAUGGACUGUUGCAACAUGUGGCAGUAACCAGGUUUGUGUCAUUGACUGUAACUCUGGCAAGGUACUCAAGAAAUAUCAACACACAAGAGAGAAAGAGGAGUUCUACUGCAUUGCUUGGACCAAGCUGAGCGUCAUCACCGACUUGCACCGCAGACCCACCACAGUCCUGGCUGCAGGGGGUGUGCGUGGUUCCAUCAAGCUACUCCACACCACCCAGCUACUCUGCUAUGCUGAGAUCAAAAUAGCCAAAGCAAAACCAGUCAACUGCUUGCUCUUCCAUCCAAAGAGACCCACAUGGCUCUUCUGUGGUUCAGAAGACAUCACUGUCAUUGACAUUGGUGUUCCACAUGGACCGGACCUCAAAACCAGACACAAGAAACUAUUCACAUUGGAAGCACCUGGUAGAUGUCUUGGGUUAGUGAUCUGUCCCAAGUCUAACUUCCUGAUGGCUGGCUGUGACAAUGGAUGUUAUGGGUGGGAUCUAGAUGUCAAGGGACCCAUCGCCAAAACAGAAAAGACCCACAGUGUAGAGUUCCUGUUGCCAAGUAAGGCAAGGCUGAUGGGGGAUGAGGAAGAGGUAAUAGAAGACAGUGGAGAGAAGGAAGGAGACAUGAUUGAUGGACUUGCACUUCUCAAAAACGAUCUUAUUGCAAGCAAAGUGGCGUGUGAUGGUGCCAUUCACGUAUGGAGUCUGUCCAAGUCUCGUAAGCGCCAGGUACCAGGAAGCAAAGAGGUGACCAUUGAUCCUCAUUACACGUUAGAAUGGUGCGACUCAGACAGCGUCUACCUCGACAUUGGCACAUGGCCAGGAUGUGGAGUGUUGGUGAGUGGUGAUGAUCAAGGAGAGGUCUGGGUUUACGAUGUCAGCAAGAAAGUCCAUUCAAAGAAUAGGAAGCCAGUCAAACCAAGUCAGCUUCUUCCUUGGCCUGAAAACAACGAGCAAGAGAUUGAAGAGGAGGAGGAGGACACAAAGAUCAAGGAAAUAUCAGAUCAGGAAGCAGAAGCAAUCCUCAAGCAACAGGAAGCAGAAGCAGGCAUCAAGCAACAAGAGGAGGACCCUGAGGCCAUUAAACAACAGGAGGAGGAGGUUGAAGCCAAACCAGCUGAAGAGAUGGCUCAAGAACAAUCCACAGCGGAGAGUGCAGUGGCACAAGUCUUGGAGGAAGUGGUUUCUCAGGUUGUGGGUGAUGACGGUAAAGAGGAAGUUGUUGCUGCUGUGCAGGAAUCGGCUGAGGAGCCAAAAGAGGAGGAGAAACCAAUGGAGAUACCCGUGGAGGAUGGACAGAAGGAGGUGGCAGAAGCUGCCAUGGAAGUAGUAGAGGUUGCUCCGAUGGCAGUCAGUGAAGUAGAGGUGGAGGAGGAAAAGGCCAAGGAGGAGGAGGUGGUCGCAGAGAGUUCAAAAGCAGCUGAGACCGAACAAGAGAAGGUGGAAGAAGCAGAGAUCGUAGAGGCAACAUCAGAAGACAAAGAUGCUAAGAUGGAGGAAGGAGAAGAGAAGGUGGGGGAUGAAGUGGAGGUAACAACACCACAGAAAAGGGGGAGAGGACGUCCUAAGAAGGUCCUCAAUGCAACAGAAGAAGCAGCUAAGCAAGCCAAAGAAGAAGCAGCUAAGCAAGCGAAAGCAGAACGAGAAGCAACACCAGGUACUCCACGGGGAAGAGGAAGACCUAAGAAAGUUGCAUCUCCGGGAGCAUCUCCUAGAGUAUCUUCCGGAGAUAAAGACUCUGAAAAGCAGCAAAGAGAUUCGUCACCCAGAGCAGCAGCAACCUCAUCCGCAGCCCAGACCGCCAGGGCAAGGCGGGAAGCAAAGAUCCAGGAGGCUGCCAAGCAAGAAGCAGCCAAAAAAUCCAAGUCGGCUAAGAUUAAGGCAGUCAAAGCUGAGAAAAAACUUGAGGAGAAAGCCAAGAAGAGGGCUGAGGCGGAGAAGGCCAAGGCAGAGAAGGCCCAAGCCAAAGCAGAUAAUGCCAGGGCAAGGGCCGAGAUCGCAGAAUUGAGACAAUCCCUGAAGAAAUCCAAAGGAGCUGAAGAGCUGAUGAACCUCGCUGACUCGGAAGACAGGAUCAUCGUCAACGACGUCGCAAUCAGCUCGGACUGCAAGUUUAUCGUUUCCGUUACAAACAAGAACCUCAUCUGUGUAUGGCAGAGAGUAUAAUCCUGUCUCCAGUGUGUUCUGUAUAGUUCCUUUGUAAAGUAUUGAUUCCUAGUUGCUACUUGACUGAACAUUUACUAUUUCAGGAAGCCUCUAGUCCCAAAAACCACACUUUGCAUUGCAACUGUUAUUGUAAAUAAUGCAGUCAGAUGCUUGCAUUUGGAUAAAUGGUACUUGAAUCAUCAGUUUAUAUGCUAUCAUGUUUUUUUUUAAUAAAAAAGCUAACUACAUGCAAUCUUGUUUGAAAAAUUUGUAUUAUACUGAGUCUUACUGACAUAUACUCCUCUUUCUUCCUAUCCUGAAAUUUGUUAAUCUAUGGGACGAUCGAUUUGUCAUUUGUUCCUAAACUUUUAGAGGUAGCUUUCAACUUUCUCUAUCCUAUUGACCCAAGAAGAUAAAGUGUACAUUUGCUUCAUAUAUAGUGCUUUCUGCUCCAACUCCAUGUGAUUGAGUUUUAAUGGAUUUUAAGUUUAUGCAGUAUUUUAUAUUUUAUUUAAGUCCUUCAUAAAUUUAUUUUUCUCAAUAUCUGAAUUUUAAUUUAUGAUCAUGGGUAGAAUAUAAAUUUUGAAGCCCUCCAAUGAAAUACAUAAUGUUUUAAUGAUUUUUGCAUGAUGUAGAAUUGUUAUCACUAUCAACGUUAAUUUGUUUUCAUGUUCUAUUAAUUCACACUUUUUAUAAAGCUACUUCAAAGACAAUCAUAUUUCUUUCAGACGUCUGUUAAUCAUACACCCAUCUGUGUUUACUGAUGUUUGUGUAAAGAAGGUACAUACUUUAGCACGUUACCUAAGUUUAAUUAUUGUAAGUUGGUACCAAAUUUGUAACGGGAGUGCUUUAGAAGUGCAUCAGAAGAAGCAGAAUUCUCACCCCACAUCACAACGCUCUAGUUGUAUCCUGCACAGUAGUAGCAUAAUAAUCAAAUUUUCCCUUGGAUAGCAUAUCACCCUUUCCACAUUCAUCACUGCAUAUUUACUACUUUUUGCUGAACUCAUAUUCUCAAAUGUUAAACAUCUUUUAGUACGCUCCAGUGUACUUGUUAUCAAUGGUUUAUGUAGAUCGAGUGUAAAUUUUGCUUUUUUAGGGUAGUGUUGAUUAUGUUUUUACUCCCUAAGUCAGGCCAUUAUCUACAUCCUGGCCAUAGGGUUGCCAAAUGCUUGUAAUCAGGUGUAUUUUAAAUGGAUUUGCAAUUGAUGAUACUGCUCUGAUUUUUGUGGUAAUUUGGAAUAUCGACUCGAUCUUUUGAAAAGAUGAAUCUAGGAUAUUUAUGUAUACUGUUGGAAUGACUCGGUCCUUUGUAGAUACAAAAACAUGUUUCAUCCCUAAAUAAGCGAUUGUGUUUCAUAGGUGUAUAUUUGAAAAUAUUUUACACAUUCCUGGCAAACAUGUACACUAUAGAGAACAAAAGGAGAGAGGAAAUGCCAUGCUUUUUGUAGGGGAAAAUGAAAUAUAUAAGCCAAUAAAUUUCAUUUUCUUGAGGUACCAUUCUUAACUUCCCUGAACUCAUCCAUUGUCAAUCUGGGCCCGGUUUCAUAAAACUUGUCAUCAGUGAAAAAAGCUGAAUUUCUAUGACAAAUAUGCUCCCAACCAAUCAAAUGCCACGAUUUUAGUAGCUUAUAACAGUAAUAGUAAUUUGUCACUUAUAACAAGUUUUGUGAAAUGGGGGCCUGGUCUGAUGGCCGCCUUUUGUUUGCAAAACAGGAUGAAAUGCUUCCUUUUCGUUCACAGCUUUCCUCUUUUCAUGUACAUAAUGUUUAGAGAUUGCAUAGGGGGAAGGGGUUCAUUGCAAGUAGCAAGUAAUUGGGUGUGGGUUUUUUAGGAUUAAACAAGAGAAUGUUUUUAGUUGUGGUUUUAAUAAGGUUGUACGUUCAACAUUUUUAAGAGUACCAGGUAGCUGUACCAUGUGCAUGUAAAUAACACAAAUUGCCUUGUCAGAUUCAGCUGGUCGGAGUUUUGAUUUAUAUUUUUGUUAUUUGGCUAUCAUGUGUCGCUCAUCAUUAGAACGUUAUCCGUAUGACAAUAUGAAGAGUGCAUGUGUUUAUUAUUGAAAAUAUUUGAUGUUUUUUAGAUCAUUGAGGGGUUUCUUGACAAUAUGCUGUUAAAUAUGUACUUUUCAUGAUGAUGUUGUAUAUAAAAAGACUUGAACAUUCACUUCAAGUAACAGCAAUUGUAAUUGAAAUAAAAUUCUGAAACCGAAA